AAAUCCAUGUGAUAGGAUCAUUUUUAUUUUACCUACUUGAUAAAGCCAGUUUCUUGGUCUGCUAUUGUGCCAUCAUGUGUGGGGUUUUUUCCCUCCUUUCCUUUUCCCUUCUCUCCUCCCUUCUCCACACCCUCCCCCUCAAUAGCAAACAGUAAUAUGCUACAAAAGAAAAUCAAAAUGCAGCUGUGGACGUGGAGGUCAGAAAUCAGUGACGCUUGGUGUAUUUUGGUAUAUUUAAGUGUGAAAGGUCAGAUGGCUAUUUUUGAGGAGAUGAUAGAAGAUGAAGAAGGGCUUGUUGAUGAUCGUUUACCCACUACAAGCCGAGGACUUUGGGCAGCAAGUGAGACAGAGCGUGCCUUGAAAGCCAUACUCUCUUUUGCCAAAGCUCACCGUCUGGAUGCUAAACUAACUGAAGAGGGCAACACAUUUCUGGAGCUCUUUGAAGCAUGGAAGAAGGAAUACAAGUUACUUCAUGAAUAUUGGAUGGUACUGAGGGAUCAUGUGUCUGCUAUCGAUGAACUUGCCAUGGCCACAGAACGGCUAAGAGUGCGUCAUCCUGAUGAGCCCAAGCCUAACCCUCCAGUACUUCACAUCAUAGAACCACAUGAGGUAGAGCAAAAUCGAGUGAAACUUUUGAAUGACAAGGCAGUUGCCAAAUCCCAGCUUCAGAAGAAACUAGGCCAGCUCCUGUAUCUCACUAAUUUAGAGAAGUCUCAGGAUAAAACCACUGGUGGAGUUAAUCCAGAACCCUGUCCAAUUUGUGCUCGCCAACUGGGAAAGCAGUGGGCAGUUCUGACUUGUGGGCAUUGCUUCUGCAAUGAAUGUAUAGCUAUAAUUAUAGAACAGUACAGUGUUGGCACCCGCAGGAGUUCGAUUAAGUGUGCCAUCUGCAGACAGACAACCUCUCAUAAAGAAAUAUCUUACGUCUUCACUGCAGAGACUGCAAACCAAGAAGAUGAUAUUCCUGUGAAGGUAAUCAGCCUUACGUAGAAUUUCUUGGCACAG